AUGUACCCGACCUUACUGGCCAUCGGAACCGGGGCAUUAUCGGGAAUACUUGCCCACAUUCUAAUAUUCAGAAACGGGGAAUGGGAUCUUUACACUACCAAGAUCCUACAAGGACUUCUCAUAGUCUUUGGUCUCCUGGUACUGAGCUUCAAGAGGCUUGGAGCUACAGAGGCUGGGUCACCGUACAGUUUCUUGGAGUCCGUCAUAGCAUCCAUGUACAUGGUUUCGUUUCUCGUUUCAGGGACCUUUUUCAGCAUUUUUAUUUACCGCAUCAGCCUCUUCCACCGCUUAUCAAAAUUUCCGGGACCUUUCAUGGCCAGAGUCUCCAACUUGUAUCUCACCAAGCGUUCCGUUGCUAGCUUUCAGCUCUACAGGGAGAUUCAAGACCUUCAUAGAAGUUAUGGUGAUAUUGUGCGCGUCGGCAAGACCUCAGCACUAUCCAUCCUCGAUGCUAAGGUCUUCCAUGCAAUACACUCCAACAAUUCGCCGUGUAGUAAAGGACCUUGGUACAACCUCGAACAGCCAGCAAUCUCUCUUCAUAUGUCGCGAGACAAGAACGAUCAUUCUCGUAGGCGACGAGCCUGGGACAGGGCGUUAAGCUCAAAGGCUCUCCGUGACUACGAGGCCCGAGUGGUCAAAUACACCAGCCAGCUACUCGAUCGACUAGAACAGAGCCAAGAUAUACCUAUUGACAUUGCAAAGUGGUUCAAGUUUUACAGCUUCGAUACCAUGGGCGACCUGACUUUUGGUCAGAGCUUCAACAUGCUAACAGACGGCGUCAAGCAUCCAUUCAUGGCCCUGGUCGAGUCGCAUAUGGUGAUGGCCGGGACCUUCAGCCAACUGAUCUGGAUGUUUCCCUUGUUCAGGGCGAUGCCGUUCCUUGGUAGGGAAGACGCUAUCUUGCAGAAAUGGCUUGAGACUCAAGUUCGGCAUCAAGAACAGAAUAAACCAGACCUUCCGAAUAUCUUCUCUUGGCUUCUUGAGGAUUACAAAUCCCAGCUAUAUCCCAAAGAGCAAGAUUGGUUAAACCUACAAGCUGACAUGCAGCUUAUAGCCGUUACUGGAAGUGACACCACUUCUGUAACACUUACUUGCCUGUUCUUCUUAUUAGCUACGAACAAAAAUGCAUGCGUUCGGCUUCAAGAGGAGAUCGAUGACCUGUUUUCCAGCUCUUCAGAACCAAGUCACUCGAGCUUUUCCAAGUUGACAUAUCUUCAAGCUUGUAUUGAUGAGACACUUCGACUCUUUCCUCCAGUUCCAUCUGGAUUGCAGCGCAUGACACCUGCAGAAGGGCUGCGAGCCGGUGACAUCUUCAUUCCUGGAAAUACUGUAGUGACUGUUCCCUCAUACACACUAUAUAGAGAUGAACGGUACUUCACCGCUCCGGAUGACUUUGUCCCAGAGCGCUGGACCACAAAUCCAGAUAUGGCUAAUCGCAUCGUUCAGGUCGCUAUGCAUGCGUGGUACCAGCACCUCCUAGUUUUGCCCUUGACCAGUUCACGUGCACUAUUUUACUGCAUCAUGUACUCAUUCAGCUGUCAAAUCUGCGGCGUCGACAUGGCCAUCGCCCGCAUCCGGACUCCAGAUGAGCCGCCUAGCGCAGCUUGGAACUUGGAGGGUGCUGACUACGUCGGCUUCCGUAAAUGGCCGCAUCAAGAUCAAUUUGAGGACGAAGAUAGCCUAGAAUGCGCAACAGAAGACCGGGGUCCAGCUAGACCUCCAGAAGUUGACGCAUGGCCGGAUCAGGACGAUGAAGAUGGCCCAGAUUGGGCGCCAGAUGCACAGAGUUCCAGCGAAGAAGAUCCUCUGGAGUAUGAUUCUGGAUGGGAGACUGAUAAUGAAGAUAUAGAGGCUGAAGUCUCAUCUACAUCUGAUGAGGAGGACAGCGACUACUCGAAUGAUGCACCCGACCAGUACCCUCUUACGGAUCUCUAUACCUGCGAAUUUCCCGAUCGCUUGCCACAUGGCACAUGGCACAACGGUCUUGCCUACUACACAGGCGAUCGCAAGCAUCCUGAGAAAUGGUCUCUACUAAGUUCAGACGAUUCAAACGUCCCCUCAGAGCACAUCGCUUCACCUUCGUGCCAAAGUCUGCAAGGCAUCAACGGCCAUGUUCUCAGCGUCGCACAAAUGAAGAACUGUCGAAAUGUCCGAUUUCUCGUCCCUAAGCCGUCGAUGUGGAAAGCUGAUUUCAGCGAUCAACUUCUUGAGGGAAGCAGUGAUAAUCUAUUCUAUGUAUCUGGAGAGUCAAGCGGUUCAAAUAUGAUUGAGGGCAGACGUUUCAGAGGCAUUCACUCGCUUUAUCCACCACGACAUGGAUUGAAGGAUAUAAGUACCAGCUGGGUAUAUGUGGACGAAGGUUGCAUGCUAUGCCAGGAGCUUGAUUACUCGCUGGUUCCACUCCCGGUGCAUUCAUAUUGUCUGGAUCUGUAUGCCAAGGCCUCACUCCGUCGUCUAGGGCACGUUGACUUGAAUGGACUGUGGCACUGGCGUGAGAUGCGGAAUAUUCCAGCUUCAUACGGCCUUGAAGAUCGUAUUUCGGAACCGAUACGGAAACAGAUACACUUGCCAGAACUGCAGCGAGCCCGCACGCAGUGGGAUUACCCUUGGCUCCAUACACCUGGCGAUGAGUGGCUUGUUGCAAAUCCUGUCGAGAUCCCCGGUAUUUCCCGAGUUUUGGAGUCGUGCGUGAAAAAGUUGUGCUUGAAGGGAUAUGCACAGCAGACGACGGGGUUCUUAGCCUUACCCUCUGAGAUCAUCCAACAUACUCUAUCGUUUCUUGACAUACCCGAUGUCGACAGCGCGGCCAAGACUUGCAGAGCGAUAUUCAAGCUUGCGCAGCUAAUAUUCAGAGAGAGUGUACUGAGAUCCAUGCCUUGGCUGUGGGAGAUUCUCGAGAAUAAUGAAUAUCCCGCGUCUCGUGAUUGCCUGCCGACAUGGGAUCCUCUCUGCCCUCUGGGUAUUCCACCACCAACACUCCCCAUCGGAUUAGAGUCUGAAGAGGAGGAAGAAGAUCGAUGGGAACCUAUUCUCUUUGAAUUCCCUGAGAUGCAGCAAGUUUGCAAGGCGACCAAGGCUGUCAACCGCCAGCGCCGAGAGGAGAUUAUAGCACCUUAUCAUGAAAAGCUGAAGGUUUUGCUGCAGCAUUGGCACAGCUUUCGCAGAAAUGUUGAAGUUUGGAUACAUGGCAAAGGCGAGCGACGCGAUAUGAAUUGGAGGCGAGUAUGGUUCCUGUUCAACCCUGCGACGAGCCCGUUGCCAGGUAUAAGAAACAGGGCAAGGAUCUGGGAGGACUGCAAGACCAUCAUGGACUUUGUCGCCUUGGCUCGUGAGGGAGAGCAUGUGGAAGAAAGGCAUAAAGAGUUGAAAGCCAAGAUAUCAGACUUCGUUGAUGAGAACUCAUAUGCGCUGCCUGAUACAGUUCCAGAUGUCCCUAGUUGGCUGCAAGCAUAUUAG